GGGAGCGAGGCCGGCCGGAUGUGAGCGGAGCGGCCGCUUCCUGUUUCCGCACUCCUCGCGCUUUGGGUGGUGGCCGUUGCCUUGUCGGUGGGGGCCGGUUUUUCUCCCCCUCUCCUCCCUCCCCCCUCCGCGUUUCGAAGGGCAGCGGCGGCCCCUCCCCCUUUUCUCCUCAGGCAAUCUCGCGGGGGCUCCUCGGCCCACCCAGCAGAGCAGCAGCAGGAGGCCUCGAGAAGCGGCACGAAGCAGCCGCCGCCGCCGCCCCGAUGCAGGCCAUCAAGUGUGUGGUGGUGGGAGACGGUGCUGUAGGUAAAACAUGCCUACUCAUCAGUUACACAACCAAUGCAUUUCCUGGAGAAUACAUACCCACAGUUUUUGAUAACUAUUCUGCCAAUGUGAUGGUUGAUGGGAAACCAGUCAACCUGGGCUUGUGGGAUACAGCUGGACAAGAGGAUUAUGACCGACUCCGCCCACUCUCCUAUCCACAGACAGAUGUGUUCUUAAUUUGCUUCUCGCUUGUGAGCCCUGCGUCCUUUGAAAAUGUCCGUGCGAAGUGGUAUCCUGAAGUGCGGCACCAUUGCCCCAAUACUCCCAUCAUACUUGUGGGCACCAAACUGGAUCUUCGAGAUGACAAAGACACCAUUGAAAAACUGAAGGAAAAGAAGCUGACUCCUAUCACUUACCCACAAGGCCUUGCCAUGGCAAAAGAGAUCGGUGCAGUGAAAUACCUUGAAUGCUCAGCACUUACACAGCGAGGCCUCAAGACAGUCUUUGACGAAGCGAUCCGGGCAGUUCUCUGCCCCCCUCCCGUAAAGAAGAGGAAGAGAAAGUGCCUGUUGCUGUAAUGUCACGCCCCCCCUGCCCCCCCCCUUUCAGAACCUUCUGUGCUUUGCUCGGAACAAUGGAGCAUUCACACCAAUGCCAAGUUCUUCUGUUCAAAAAAUUCUCUUCCAAUUCUUUUUUUUUUUUUUUUACGAAUCAUCAAUUAUGUUCCCCUUGGUCGAAAGGGUUAGAUUUCUUUUUUCCUUCUACUAAAGAGAUCCUUAAAGUUAAACCUUUAUAAAAGCCUUAUUCCCCCCCCAAAAAAAUUCUCUUGCUCAGAUUAAUCAUGUGUUGCCAAAUUAUCUGCUCAUCUGUUGCAUUACGGUGCUUUGCCUACAGAGCACAAAAUCUGCUUUAUUUUUUUUUAAAGGCAAAUAGGCAUCUUUCAAGCUAACUAAUGUGUUUAGAAUUGCAAAACUUUAUAGUCCUGUUUUCUCCUGGAUAAUGAAAUCGUUAGGAAAAUGGCAGCUGUUUUAACACUCAUCCAGCUGGUGGUUAUAGCAUCCUCGGUCAUGCCUGAACAAACACAAUAACUGUCAGCACAUCCGAGUUCCCUCUUCCAAAAUGCUUUUCAGCCUAUUAAGGACUGAUGCUCUUUGUGAACCUUAUUAACUUCCUUGACAGCAGUAUAUUGUGCAGGAUGGGUGCAUUGAUCAGAAGUGGUUGCUUGACAGUAUUUUGACUCUUGCCUACAGAUCACUUUACACUACAAAAUAGUUGAGAUACGUAGGUCGUUCUUUGUAUGGGGGAAAAGACACAGUAAGAUUAAACCUUCGUUGCAACUAAAGCAGUAGCUGAGGGGAGGUUGGUCUUUACUUAUUUGCAUUUCCCAGUAGGGCAUUCAUUGUAACUGCAAUUUCAGAUUGGUCAUCUUCCUCCCCUCCCCCGAUUUCACUAGCGGCUUUUUUCUUGUAGAUUCUCUUAUUACAGAGCAAUAUAACUCGUAUCUUUAGAUUUUUCUAUUUGCUUUAUAUUUUUGGUAGGCUAGAACGUUCAUGCAUAGCCUUUUUUCCUUUUUCUGCUCCAGUAUUAUACAUGCUUCUGAGUUUUCCUUUAGUCUUUAAGUGACGGUGUAUAAAUCAUGUGCAGCAGCUUUGCCAGGUCUAGUAAAUUUUUUAUACUUUGCUACCUUUCUUAAUUGUCACUAUUUGCUGACACAGUAUCCUUACUAAUGCUGUCCUUUUAACAUCGCCAUGAAGGCAUACAUCCUGUUUGCUCUAGUAACGGUCACUGGGUCUGUGAAGUUCUGUAACCGAGUGCUAACAAUGUUCUGUACAUCUCAAAUGCUGGCAGGAACACUACAAUGAUUUACAACCUUUGAACUACUAGAACAAAUAUAUAUAUGGAGUUUGCAAGAUUGUGAAGUUUUUACAUUUGAUCUUUUUGGUAAUGCAAUUUAGCAAUAUAUUUUGCAUGUAUGACUUAAUAAAUUCUUGAAUCAU